ACACACAGCUCUCUUCCUAUCCUUUUACCACUCUCAGCAUUCUGCUUUUUCUUGGUUCUAAAGGUAUAAAAGUCUAAAAGAGUAUAAAUGGGGAUGUUAGGUGACCUGAGAUUAUUUUCCUAACCCAGCAUAGGCCUUGGCUCUCUAAACAAUCCCAGUCCAGAACACAUUGCCCUUUUAAACCACUUUCUUAGUCAGCAUAUGGCAAAAUCAGACCCUGCGUUUUGGAGAUGAGACAUUUGCGUGACCAGAUAAACAAAGCAUGAUCCACAGGCUUGAAACAAUCCAGAAGCUGUGGCCUUAUCACAGUUCUGUGCUUCAGACUCUUGGAGAUAAGAGCCGAGACUGAGAUCAUCAAUUCAUUUCAAGCUGUUGUUCACAUGCUUCACCUGGCCAGGUCAGGAGUGGUUCUGCAGGUAUAACAACAGCAGUGCCAAGGUCUGGCCUCUGACCUGGGGCUGGCUGCUUGUAAUGUAUUAAACCCUUCUUCAUUCCCCUUCGUUUCUGAGGAUCGUGGCCUCCAGCAUCUCUGCGAGAUAAUCUUUAGGAUCAGCUGCGUCGCCCCUUGUCUGGAACGAGUGCAUAAAAAUUCAGCCUACAGACAUCCAGCCUGAUAUAUUUAGUUACUUGUUACACAUCAUGUACACUGGGAAAGGGCCAAAGCAGACUGUCAGCCAGAGCCGACUGGAGGAGGGCAUCCGCUUUCUGCACGCAGACCACCUCUCCCACAUCGCCAUCGAGAUGAACCAGGCCUUCUCCCCAGAGCCGGUCCAGUCCUCCAACCUAUACGGGAUCCAGAUCUCUACAGCACACAAGCUGGCGAAGGAGCGCCUGGGAGCGAAGGAAAGCCUGCCCAAGGCGGGCGGCAGGUCCGCGGCCCAGGGCGAUCACCCCCAGCUGCAGCUGUCCCUGGCCAUCGGCCUGGACGACGGCCCCCUGGAGCAGCAGGUCGCUCGCCCCUCGGCCCAGCCCGCAGCUCUCGCCAAGCCGGUGGAGGAGCACCCGAAGCUCUCUGUUUCCAUAAAGCAGGAGAGGUGCGACUCGGAGCCCGUGGUGUCCCAGAGCUGCACCCCUCCUUCUCCGGAGGUAGCGAGCCCCGUCUUUGCCAAGGGCAGCCUCAAGGUGCACUUGUGCCACUACUGCGGGGAGCGCUUCGACUCGCGGGAGGGGCUGCGGCAGCACCUGCACGGCCACGUCUCGGGCUCGCUGCCCUUCGGCGUCCCAGCCUCCAUCCUGGAGAGCAGCGACCUGGGGGAGGUGCAGCCUCUGGCUGAGGACAGGGAGCCUGGGGAUGGCCAUCGCCUCGGGGCCUUCCUCCUCAAGGAGGACGAGCAUCAGCUGGAGCAUCCGAGUUGCAGUGACCUGGAGCCUCUGCAGAUCGGGCAGCUCUCCCUCAUCUCCAAGGACCACGAACCGGUGGAGUUGAACUGUAACUUUUCUUUCUCAAGAAAGAGAAAGAUCAGCUGCACCGUCUGCGGCCGCACGUUUUUCCGGAAGAGCCAGCUGCUGGAGCACAUGUACACGCACAGAGGGAAGCAGCACAAGUACAGCCGCUGCCAGCGGCUGGAGAGCCCCGCCACCCCCAGGUUUCACCCUUACUGUGACAGCGAGAGUGUGGGCAAGAGCUCCAGCUUGUCCCAAGGCCACUUAGAUGAAUGUAUACUGGAGCCAGAUCUCAUCCAAGAAAGCGUUGAUACGAUCCUGGUAGAGUAACUCUCCCCCUUCAGAUGCUGAAACUGCAUGUUUUGGCACUCUCCACCUAGGGAGCGGCUGUUCUGUGCAGCUGAUUUUCUUGAACCACCAGUCCCCUCACCACUGAGAUAACUGUGAAGGACUGUGUACUUCGAUUUGUGUACUUGCUUUUUUUACUUCUCUAACUUUUAAACCCGAGCUAAUUCCCAUCUAAGUCCUUCUUGGAAGCCUCUGUGUAUCUCAGUUAUGUUUUUCCUGAAUGUGAACUUGCUCCUACUCUGCUUUACUGGAGUAAAGGCUGUAUUGCUGGGUGUGAGGUUUAAACAUUGUCUAGUACUUUGUGUGGUGCCUAAGACUGUUUGUAUUCCAUAGAAUUGCUCCUCUGAAACCAGAUGGAUGGAAGUGUAGAGGGAAAUACGUAUUGUGUUUCCCAAACAGUUUGUUUUUAAUGAAAAUAAAUAUCUCAAGGAGAUGAAUCCUGAAGUUCAUGUUGUUCAUGUAACUGCAGUUAAUAAAUCUCUGCAUAAAUAUU